GUGCUAUGAAUAAGAAAAACAACCAGAUAUGGCCGUUAGUCGACGCUGAUUCAGAAGAUGAAUCAUUCUGGGAUGAUAAUGAUCUAAUCGCUGAAUAUAACAAGAUUGAUUCUAUUGUAAAGGAUAAGUUAGCAGAAGAACUUGUUAAACAGGAGGGGAUAAAGUCUUCAAAAGGCAGAAAUAACAUUCAUGGAAAUUCAAGGAAACAAUCAUUCAGUACACGUAAUAAACAGAAGAUUACCUUGACAGAGGAUACAAAGGAUGGGAGUAAGGAGGAUAUGGUGAAUUCUGGUUCACUUGAUGGAAAUCCAGUGUGCAAUCUACAAUGGAUUCCACCUUGUACAAACCCUCCAAUCCAGUUGUUUUCACAAUCAGUUGAUUCAAGUGAGUCUAAUUUAUUUAGUCCUAUCCAACUUGAUAUAUCAUCUCAAGGAAUAUUUAAAGCAAAUAGAGGAGAUUUUUCUAAUAUUAAACCUUUAUUGCAUACUUGGUAUGAAGCAGGUUAUCAACUUGGUCGUUCACAUGCUUUAAAAUUCAAGAUGAAAUCAUAUACACCAGUAGUAUCUAACUCCUAAGAGAUAUCGUAUGUUGUUUGUUUGUGUUGAUUUACUUUUGUUGUUUGAGUAAAGAUCAUUGAGAAUACUAUCCAAUUUUUUUUUUUCUUCUUAGAUGAUAUAUCAUGUCUAAUUCUUGUUAAAACUUUCAUGUAUAUUGUUUUCUUAUAUAAAUAGAAUAAUACUCCCAACUUGUUUGUACUUUCAGGAAUAACAUACUUCAGUCAACACCCCUUUACUUCUAUUGCUGUCUUGAUAUAAACGUGUUGAUGUUGUCCUUAUUUUUCUCAUCACAUAAAUCUUUUGCCUUUUUUUUUUACCUCAUUGGUCUAGAGACUUUAAUAUCGACCAGUGGGUCAUGGGUUCGAACCCUCUUCCAUUUUCUAAGGUUUUGUCAAUCAUCAUUUGAUUACUGAGUAACUAUGAAUUUAUUUGAUUAACAUAAUGAAUACUUCAGUGAUUUAGCAUUUGAAAUAUUUCAUCGCUUUGUGUUCACAUGAAUUGUAAUUUAAUUAGUCAAGUGAUGUACAGAAGUAUAUCGGUUCAACCUGCC